AUGGCCUCUGGUGCUGGUGGUAAAAGAAAGAGAGGAGACAGAUCAUGGUCCAGCGAUUCAGGACACGACGGACAGCGACCUUCUCCCCAUCGACCAGGCAAUCUGAACCUCGCGCAACAUAACCAAACUCAGUCGCCAAGUUCACGUUCGGGCUCUGGAGAUAAUAAUACUGGUGGAAGGGGCCGAAGACCGAGCAGAGGAGGCCGAACGCCGUCAGGCCGUGUACAGACACUAUCACAAGAUCAAUCGAAGCCCUCUACGGAUUCCUCGAUGGCUCCGCCAUCGACACCGCAACCGAAUGCGGUUACUGAGUCUCGCCAGCCCAACGGGGCUAGUGCUACAAGGAUUGCACUGUCUAAAGAAGGACCCCUGAACGUUCAGGAAAAUGCCAGCUAUGCUUUCGAUUACGUCACACAGCAGGUUGUAGCGGGAUGGGUGAAGGAUGGAAAACAAAUUAUUAUGAAGCAGGGCGUCACUGCACGCAAGAAUGGUGACUUGGUUACAUUAGGAUGUGUUUUCCAAGAGAUCAUCCGGGCAGUGUUGUCCAGGAACCUGGAUCCAUCAGAGGCAGGAGAGGUUGUCAAGCAGAUACUUACAGAGAAUGGACAGGGUGAGAUGGGCCAGAAUGAACGCGCAUCUUCGUUCUUCCUGAACACGUUAUCCAUUCUCGCCGAAGAGAAGGAUGGUUCGAAUGAAAUAUUGAAACCGUUCGUAUUCGCAACAGAGAUUUCGCCGGCAUUAUUGCGCCUCGAGCUAGACACCAAUCUAAUUCAAAGCCUGGGACUUGUACGAGAUACGUUCACGCGUAUAGGAAUUCGCAAACAGACAAACAUUCUGUAUCGGCAAUCCAACUACAACCUCCUCCGCGAAGAAUCCGAGGGCUACUCAAAAUUGGUUACUGAGCUUUUUACGACAAGUAAUACCGAGUCUCCUUCUAGUGAAAUUGUGGAAGAAACAUUUGAACGAGUCAAGGCCAUGAUUGGAGCUUUCGAUUUGGAUGUCGGACGUGUUCUUGAUGUGACAUUGGACGUAUUUGCGGCUGUCCUUGUGAAAAAGUACCAUUUCUUUGUGAGGUUCUUACGGGCUAGCUCAUGGUGGCCUAAAGGGGAUCGUUUGCGCUGGGAGGAGGAAACCGACGUCUACACAGGUCUACCUAGCUGGGCUCUUCCAGGAUGGACAGGCCGCGAUGACGAGAAAAAGGAAGACCUUGCAAGGAUACGUGAUGAACGGGACCAAGCCUUUUGGGGUCGUGUGCGAGAGGCUGGAAUCAAAGCCUUCUUCGAAAUCGGCCGACGCUCCUUGUCAGAUGAGGAGAAGCAGAUUGCCCUUGCGGAGGCCAGCAAUUCAGGGUCUGAUGCCGAGACAAGAAGAUGGAUUGAAGAAACAGGUACACUACCACCGAAGGGUAACCGUGUGGCUGCUCAGCUUCUUGGAUUCAAGCUCCGAUUCUAUUCAACAGCUGCGCGUGAAGCAGGCCAUCUUCCGGAAAAUCUGAUCUGGGUAGCUGCGCUACUGAUCAAGAUUGGCUUUAUCUCUCUGCGUGAUCUCUAUCCUCAUCUUUGGCGAGAAGAUGAAUCAAUGCCAGAGCUUGAAGAGAAGAUCAAAAAGGAGAAACUGGAACGGGAAAUGAAAGCCAAACCUGGAGGAGGUGUCAACGCCUUGAUGCUUGCAGGUGCAUUGCCAGACGACACUGUACCGCCCCCUGUCUCUCGCUCUCGUGACGCUGAGGCCCGGUCAGGAACUCCCGCGAAGGACAAUGAAGCUGCUGUGACAAAGGAUGACGAAGAAAAGGAGCCUUUACCCGACAUACGCGAACAAAAGAUUGAUCUGCUGAAGAGUCUUCUGACAAUUGGUGCUAUUCCCGAGGCUCUUUAUAUGCUCAGCCGAUUUCCUUGGCUUAUGGAUAUACCAGAGCUUCCCGACUACAUCCAUCGUAUCAUUCACCAUUGUCUUAGUAAUAUAUAUGCGCCUCUUCGACCUAUGCAAGGCUCAGAUCAGAUUCGAGCUCCCCGACCCAUUCCUAGCGCCGAUCAAUCUGGCGUCGCAAAGGGUCAUGUUCGUCUCGCCGACAGUCAGCCUCGCAGAAUGCUUCGAUGGGCCCAUCCGGAUAAAGAAGAUAGAGAGGAUGGAAUCAACUAUCGCUUCUAUUGGGACCAUUGGGCAGAUACGAUACCCAUCUGCCAGAACGUUGACGAUUUCUUCGCUUUGGCUUCAUCUUUAUUGAACGUAUCGGGUUUCAGGAUCGGCCAGGACCCGUUACUGAUGAGCAAAAUCGCACGGAUCGCUCAGGAUUCCCUGAAUAAAGAUGACUCGGAGUCCAAUAAGAAUCGGUGGAGAGACUUUUGCAAGCGCCUCUUGCUCCCAGCAUUGAGUCUCUCUAAAAAGAACCCUGGUGUUGCGAACGAAGUUUUCGCUGUCAUUCGCCACUUCCCCAGAGCAGUCCGUUACAAUAUGUAUGCUGAAUGGCAUUUUGGGCAAACCUCUAGGCUACCCGAAAUCAAAACUGCCUUCGAUCUGGCCACUGCUCAGACAAGGGAUACUCUCAAGAGAUUAAGCAAGACCAACAUCAAAGCUAUGGCUCGUGCAUUAGCUGAAAUUGCUUAUGCCAAUCCUGGAAUUGUCAUCAAUGUUGAAAUCACGCAAAUCGAGUCUUAUGAUAAUCUCAUUGAUGUCGUGGUGGAAUGUGCACGAUACUUUACAGACCUAGGAUAUGAUAUCCUAGCUUGGGCCCUUAUUAAUGCUCUGGGUCAAAAAGGAAGGAGCCGCGUACAACAAGGUGGAUUGUUGACAAGCAGAUGGUUGAAUGCUCUUUCAACUUUCACGGGAAAGGCUUUCAAGCGCUAUUCAGUUCUCAACCCUACCCCAAUUCUUCAAUACGUCCUCGAGCAGUUACGGCAGCAAAAUUCGACCGAUCUUAUCGUUUUGGAAAGGGUGAUCAGCGCUAUGGCUGGAAUAGUGACUGACACAAAUUUUAACGAAGCUCAAAUCCAAGGUAUGGCUGGAGGCAACCUUCUACAAUCGCAAACUAUGCUGCAGCUCUUGGAUAAGCGACACGAGUCAAGAACGACAUCCAAAAGACUCAUGAAAGCUUUAACCGAUUCCAAGAUGGCCGGUCAACUACUCAUCGCUAUUGCUCAGGAGCGGUUACUCUGUAUUUAUAGAGAGUCUGAAAUGGUGCCGGAACUCAAAUUGCUCGGCAAUAUUUUUGAUGAAAUCCACCGGAUCCUAACGCAGUACUUGGAUUUACUCCGGAGCAAUCUUGCGGUUGAAGAGUUUGACUCCUUUGUUCCUAGUCUUCCAGAGUUGCUUGGAGACUUUGGUUUGCAACCCGAGAUCGCUUUUUGGAUAAUGAGACCCAGCAUAUGCAAACAAAUUGCCGAAGCAGAUCGCAACCUUUGGCAAGUGCAGGCAACACAGAGCACCGAGGCAAGUGUCUCUGAACCUAAAGCGGCCGAUGCCGAUGUAGAAAUGACCGAGGGCGAGAACACCGAAAAGAACAACAACCAAAAUACCGAUGGAGUGAUGGAUGUGGAUAAACCAUCAUUGGGUCUAGAGUCCACUGAUGUGACCGAAACUCGGACACCCGAUCUCAGUGACCCAACACCUAAUACUACUACUGCCCCUUGGCAUCCUGUUCUGCAAGGCCUCAUGGAUUGUAUCCAGCCAGUACUUCCCGAAGGCUCCUGGCAGACAGUGGGUCUACCUUUUUAUGUGACCUUCUGGCAGCUUUCUCUAUACGACAUUCACAUCCCUGGAAAGGCGUACGAAGAUGAAAUCGAACGGCAAAAACGCAAAGUCCAGGCAAUUUCGAACGACAGAACCGAUGUCAGUUUAGCCGGCACUCAGAGAAAAGAGAAAGAGAAGAAGCAGAUUCAAGAGCUUCAAGACCGACUCCUCGAAGAGAACAAAACCCACCUUGUUUCAUAUGAGACAACGCGAAACAGGCUUCAAAAAGAAAAAGAUCAUUGGUUCCCCGGUAUGCGAGGCAAAUAUGAUGUUCUGAACAUAGCCCUUCUAGAACAAUGCUUCUUGCCUCGUAUUCUGCUAUCGCCUAUUGAUGGCUUUUAUUGCUUCAAGAUUUUGAAGUUCCUACAUGCUUCAGGCACACCGAACUUCCGCACCGCCGGCUUAAUUGACCAGCUGCUCCGAGAACACAGGCUGACCGCGAUCAUCUUCCAAUGCACCUCAAAAGAGGCCGAUAACUUUGGCAAGUUCAUCAAUGAGAUUUUACGUGACAUGGGACGCUGGCAUGCGGACAAGUCGGUGUACGAAAAAGAAGCGUUUGGCUCGAAUAGGACACUGCCUGGUUUUGCUACGAACGUGGAUUCUGAGGGCAAAGUGACUUCGUUCCUGGAGUAUGAGAAUUUCCGUCGAUUGCUCUACAAGUGGCAUCGGUUGCUUUUACAGGCAAUAAAACACUGCUUCAACAAUGGCGAAUACAUGCAUAUCCGAAACGCUAUUAGUGUCUUGAAAGCCGUUUCUCAACACUAUCCAGCUGUUAACUGGAUGGGCCGUGACAUACUGAUGCUUGUAAACGAGUUAAGUAACGAUGAAAGGGAGGACGUGAAGAUUCCUGCGGCGUCCCUAAAAGGAGAACUUAGCCGAAGGGAGAAACAAUGGCUUCUUCCGCAAGAGUUUAUGUUUAACGAGAAAUUGGCCAACGAGAAAGGAAAAGCUCAUACACCGAGAGCAGGCUCUGCUACUCCGAAGCAGCUAAAUGCACAAGCCGCCGAAUUCAAGCCUCCAGGAGCAAAUGGCACGCCGAGUGAAACCACAGGGAAAAUGGAGGUUGAGGAUGGUGAGAUUGAGGAUGCAAAGAUGGCCGAUGCUUCGCUUGCUGGCGGAAAAACGGGCGCACAAGCCGAGAUAGUUGAACUAGCAGCAAGUGAGAAAUCGAGACAAGAGCCGCCCGUUGUGGAGGCACCGGCAGCGGAUUCUGCAACCAAAGAUCAGCGCGCAGGAACUACCGGACAGGAAGAGAAGAAGCCAUUGCCUGCUGCAGACCGAUCGGCAACUGCCUCGUUCAGGGAUACCGACAGCGCUCGACCUAGAACAGAAUCGCCAGCUCAAUCACGACAGGGAUCAAGACCGCCGGAUGGAAGUCACGCUGCGAAUAUACCGAAACGGCCAGAUAUUGAUAGGGUUACGUCACAGCCUCCUCGAUUACCAUUACCGCCCAAUCUACCCAACAAGCCUGAGGCGCCUCGAAUUUACAGGCACGACAGCCGCUCAGGUAGACAGGCUGACAUGAAAGAUGAUCGCAGGGAGACAGGGGAUGUCCGACCUUCAGAUUCGUCUCGCUCUAGCCGCUACCCUCCUGACUCUGACCGGGACCGUUUGGAUGGCCAAGAACCCCGUGGCCCAGGCCGUUUAGAACGCGAUCGUGCAGAUCCUCAGCGACUUGGUCCCCCGAAUGAUGACCAAUUCCGUUCUUCCCGUGACGCUCGUCAUCAUCGGGAGCCAGAAGCUGACCGUUCGGGUUCUUCACGUGCACAACCACAUCCAGAAAGGGCCAAUCUGAUCCAAGGACAUCCUGAUCGGCUUGCCUUGAUAGAGGGCGAUAACCAGCGUCGCGACCCGUCAAGGCUCGAUCGAGACGAUCGGAGACAUCGACCGUCUUCACCGACGAGAGGUGACGACCGCCGAGCCCCUCGCCGCGAUGAAUAUCCAGCUGGACCACGUAGCGACAGAGUAGGACGAGCUGAUAUGCCAGAAGGAAGGGAGUUACGAUCUGGUGGUGACGCGCCUCAUGGGAGAGGACCCCAGGAUUCUAGAACUGCACGACAACCUGAGCCGACUAAUGAAAUCCCACUUGGUCCUCGAGGUAGAGUUACACAGUCCCGUGGUCGAAAUGCAUCAAUAACACAACCACCUCCGCCUGGAACACCCAGUAGACCCUCUGAGCGUCUACCGCCGACUGGUCCUUCUGGUCGAUCUAGUGGUCGCGCACCUGAUACUCCUGCUGCACCGCCACCGACUACCGAUAAAGCGGAUACAGGUGGUGUCCACCCUGAUCGUCUCAAGAAUCUUCAAGUAUCAUCCGAAUCCGGUCCUGCCAACACUCGGUCUCAAGCUUCACUACCACCUAGUGGGCCCCGCAGUUCCCUUGGACACCAUGCCAGUUCGCCUGCCACACGUACUCCACCAUCAGGGCCAGGAAAUGACAGGAAUCGUGGAGACAAACGGUUUUCAGGAAUUAACAAUAUGCUCCAGCAAUCAAGCAGUGCUCAAGAGCGUGGUGGACAAGGAACGAUGAUUCGUGGCAGAGGGAGACAAGCCCAAGAAAGUGCGCCAGCCAGUCCUCAAGUGGGAAAACCUGACAUACCCACUGGGCAAGAAAGAACUGAGCUUUUCCCCGGUGCUCCGGAGGCAGAUACCCGACCCCCGGGUCGUGGCCGACGAGGAGAAGCGUCACAAGAAGCCAGUCGGGACUCCAGGCGAUCUGGCAAACAUGAUAGCCAUAGCAGUGCACCAGAUCGUGACCGUCGGGACGAAGAAGAGGCUACAAAGAGUGGCCGUAGGGAUGAGCGUCGUGAUCGAGGCCGAGACCGUGACCGUGAUCGUGAGCGCAACCGACGAAAUGAGAACGCUGAAGACGAGUCACACCACGGUGGGAGAGAUUCUACAAAUCGUCGUGUCACUGGCAGUCGCGACGACCAUCGAAAGAGAGACCGCCGAGACAGAGAAGAUGCGCCAAGUGAACUUCCAGGACCUAGCGGUAGUGAACAUCAUGGCCGCCAUCGUCCUUCCUCCUCGCAUAGCAGUAACAACAACGCACUGCCAAAUCCUCCACCUGCACCUCCAGGACCACCAAGUGAAGACCGCCGAUGGGGUGGUGGCAGUGGCCGUGGCGAGAACCGUGAUCGAGACCGCAAUCGGGACCGUGGCGGAAGAGAUCGUGAUCGAGACUUUAACCGCGACAAUGCUCCUGGAAAUGGCAAUCAAUCUCUCCCACGCAAACGUGGCCGACCAGGCGACGAUACUCAUGGACAUGGAGAUGGCAGUUCACGAGGAAUGCGCGUGGGAAGCGAAAGCAAACGGGCACGUCGAGGUACAUAAAAGUCGUCCCACUCGGUGACGUCUCACAG